UGCUGGUAUCGGUGGGAGUGUCCUGGUCGCCUGCCCCCGUUUCUCAGCACCUUCUCUAUAAAAUUAGCGAAUAAUGCAGCAAGACUUCCCAGAGUGUGUCCGCGGAUAUGUGUCUGUGUCACCAGCGAGUCGAAAGCGAGGAUUAUUAUUUAUAAAAACGUCUCACCUGGCUGCAGACAGAGAUGGCAGCCAUUCGGAAGAAGCUGGUCAUUGUCGGCGAUGGCGCUUGUGGGAAAACGUGCCUCCUCAUUGUUUUCAGUAAAGACCAGUUUCCUGAAGUCUACGUUCCAACAGUGUUCGAGAACUACAUCGCUGACAUCGAGGUUGAUGGAAAGCAGGUGGAGUUGGCGCUGUGGGACACUGCAGGCCAGGAGGACUACGACCGGUUGAGGCCGCUCUCCUACCCGGACACCGAUGUCAUCCUCAUGUGCUUCUCCAUCGACAGCCCAGACAGUUUGGAAAAUAUCCCUGAGAAGUGGACGCCUGAGGUGAAGCACUUCUGUCCCAAAGUCCCCAUCAUCCUUGUGGGGAACAAGCGGGACCUGAGGAAUGAUGAGCCCACACGGAGGGAGCUGGCCAAGAUGAAGCAGGAGCCGGUGAGGACGGAAGAAGGCAAAGACAUGGCCAGCAGAAUCUGUGCUUUUGGCUAUUUGGAGUGCUCUGCCAAGACCAAGGACGGCGUGCGGGAAGUGUUCGAGAUGGCCACCAGGGCGGCGCUGCAGGUCCGCAAGCCUCAGAAGAAAGGCGGCUGCCAGCUGCUGUGAGCGCGGACCGAAAAGCAGCGACCUUUCACCAAAUGACUUUAUCUUCACAAUAACGGACAUAAACUGUAUGCAAAAAAAAAUAAAAACAAAUACAAGGAAUAAACUCUAACUGUGCUUAGAAAUGUAUUUAAUUCCGUUUUCAUUGCCCACUUUUUCUUAUUUGUAGUGUAAGGGAUGUACUCAUUUGUGUGCAUCCCUUACAGCGACUGAAAGGAAGGCCCAAGUCUGAAACCUGCCCUCUUUUGUUGAAAGAGGGGAACAACCUUCAAUCUUUUUCUUUUUUUUGCAUUCCGGCACAAAUGAAGGUCACCAGCUGUUGGACCUCGUUGGCCCAGUGGUGGAAUCUGUGUCUUGUCAGAACUGUUGGUAACUGAGUUUUGUUUUUUCGUGGUGCCUUCGCUGAUGUGCCUUUUUAGUUUUCUCCCAGAACAGGAUAGACCAUCUGCACUAUGCUAAACAUCCAGUGACCAGGUCAAGAGUGACAUUUCUGCACAAAGCACGGCUAUUAAUAUUUAAUCCUAUGCCUCAUCUUGUCAGGCAAAGUAGAGAAUGCUAAUUUGUUUCAUACUUUCAAGAAUGAAUCGUGGGAAAAUUCUCCUAAAAAUAUUUCUAUAUCUGCAGGUAAUAUCUCUUUAACAGUUUAGUGUUACUCGUCUGGAUCCAUGUUGGACUUGAGCUUCCCUUGGUGAUAAACAUUUGGUCUCAUGUUGAAUAUCAAUGGUCCACUCUGAAUUUGCCGUUACACCACUUGUCUCCCCUCAGAAUAGAUUUGACUUGCAAUGCUCCAAAGGGCCAAUGACGUCUUGCACUGCUUGUAAUCUCCAUAAACUACGGCCAUAUCAGUUAUGCCAUUUGUAAGGCAACUUCCUACGCUUUCAGUGUGUGGUUGAGUUGAGGUUGAGAACUAUUUAGCUCUAUUAAAAGUCCCUGAGCAUGUAUAAUGUGGUUUGUGUAUACAAAUAAAGUUAAGAAAACUGAGUUAAGCGA